GGUCUGCACAGGCGGCCAAAACUCAUGGCCGGGAGCCGCCUGGGACAGAGAGAGGGCUUGGCCAGGGGCUACUCAAGGCCGCAGGGGGGCGACAGGGAACGGAGAAGCCCUCCAGAGCCCCUCAGGGAACGGGGCGCACGGUCUUUCCCACGUCUGGACCCGCCCAAGCUGUGGGACGCUGGCCUGUCCUCUUCCGCUGCUCCCCCCGUCCCCUGGACCUCUUGAGAGCUCUGAGUUGUAGCUCUGUGCCAGUGCAGUAGCCAGGCCUGACCCAUGCUGUGAGGACAGGCCCUCACCCUCCCUCAGAUGAGGCGGCCCCUCCUGACUUCAUCCUGCCUGGGGCCAGGCCUGUCCACUCGUGGGGACACUCACCCCGGUGCCCCAAACGGGCAGAGGCAAGCAGUCCUGAGUGCCCAGGGGAGGGACCAUCCCGGACACCCACAAGGACGCUGAAAACAAGCCCCUCCCACUGAGCAGGGCCACCUUCACAAACACACACACACGCGCACACACACGCACACCUGACCCACCGGGCCUCACACGGGACAGUGUGCCAGGGCCCAGACCGGAACCAGGCUUGGGAACCCUCACCGUGGACCCCAGCCUGGUCCCCACCCCCUCCCACACCCAUCGGCUGCUCAGCAGCCCAUCCACACGCCGACCACACUGACCAGCCCUUCUUCUCCCCAGGACACUGGGUCCCCUCCCCACACACACCAAAACCCCCACCCCCGGCUGGCCUGACACUCGCACCCACUCGUUCGCUAGGGUCACUCCCUGCCACCCUCUCGACCCUUCCCUGGGCUCUGCUCACCCUCCCACCCUCUGGGCCGGGUCCCCAGGAGAACGGGUGUGGCGGUCAGGCUGCCUUCCCCCCAGACAGCCCCAGCACAGCGCGGAGCAGAGAGGGAGCGCGUCCCCACGGGCCGGGCCCAGGCGGGAGGAUGGGGGCACCGAGGCCGGUGCCCUGCGGCUACGGAGGGCCGCGACCGUCACCCCGGGAACCACUCCUAUGGGCAGGCAUGGCACUGACCGCUCCCUUCCUGUCCAGAGCUGCUCCUGGACGACAGCUGUGCGGAGGACCAGGACGGGGAGCUGGAUGGGCUGUGGACCACCAUCUCUAUCUUCAUCACGCUCUUCCUGCUCAGCGUGUGCUACAGCGCCACUGUCACCCUCUUCAAGGUGAAGUGGAUCUUCUCCUCGGUGGUGGAGCUGAAGCGCACGAUCGCGCCCGACUACAGGAACAUGAUCGGGCAGGGGGCCUAGGGCCAGCCGUCCUGGGCGGGUGUCAGCGCUGCCCCAGACCCUGCGCAGGAUCCCGGUGCAUCAGCCUGCUGCCAGGCCUGCUCUCCCGCCCUCUGACCUCGCCACCCUCUGACCUCACAGCCACCCUGGGCCUGCGCCCUCGCCCUCUGGCCUCGCGGCCCCUGAGAGCUGCAUCCUGCGCCCUGAACCCCCAUUUGGAGAAUCGCGUGGACGGCAGGUUGUGCCCCAACCUGAGCUGGUGGAAGCCCGCUGGCUGCUCCACGGCGGCCGCCAGGCUACUGCUGUGGCCGCGCACGGUCAGCGGGCACGCUCAUCCUGGAGGAGGCGGGCGGCUGGCGAUCCCAGUGUCUGUCUGGCAGGGACCGGCCCCUGUGCGAACCCCAUCCAGGCCAGGCUCCAAGACUCAGGGUUUCCCCAGAGCAGCCACGUCGGCCCAGAUCCUGAGGAAGCUUCCGACGUGUCACUAACGGUCAGUCAGAUCUUCUGCUCCAGAGGAGACUGUGCAGACAAGGGCCUGGGCCUGUGGCUGCUGCAGGAGCCCCGUGGAUGCCGGGGACAGAGUGACAUCCAGCCAGACAGGCCUCCUGCAGAGGGGUCUGGUGACCUGGUCCCCGGGCCAGUGGGACACAGCCUCGGUGGACACAGGUGGCAGGUGGCAGGAGGCCAGGGCGGCAGGCCCAGCCCGCCCCACCCUGUGGCCGGGGCCUGAGUCCCAACAGGCUCACGCGGGGGGUGGGAGAGAGAGAUAAGCCCACGGCCGGGCGGACCCCCAGGACUGGCUCUCCGCCCUGUCUUUGGGUGGGUGCCAAGUCGGGGCCCCCACAUGGGAAGAGAUGGCCACGCAGGGGAGGAGAAGCAGAGCCCCCAGCCCCAGGGACAGACGCCCGGGGCUCCCACACAUGGGAAAGCCACUGCUGAAGCUUGGCUAGCUUGUUUUAUUCUUUUUAAAUGUCUGGAGCUCCUUGAUUUCCAUUUGCAUUUCUUU